UAAAACAUCGCGGGUCUAACAGUUUUGGUCGUACAGUUAGUGGUGCGCCGCCACAUGGCAAAAUCAACACAUCACACACGAACCGAUUUGACUCCCGAGCAGUCCCAGGUCAGACGGGAAAUCUCGCAAAAUCUCUCGAGAUCAAACGUGAUUUCAGAGUAAACAAUCAUGGCGGACGAAGAGGAUGCUGUGGCGAUAGUUUGCAGUUUGUUUUUAUCCGAAAAAAAAACUUUCUCAAAAGAAAAGGCGAUGGUCAAAGAAGUGGAGACAAGACAACGCGAGCAUGGACUAUACUUGCUACAUCAUGAUAUGGAGAUUUGUGCAGAAUUCCAUCGAAUAACAAGUAAAAAUUUAAAGAGUACAUUUUAUUCUGCAUUUGAUAAGUACAUGCCACGCCUAAUGACGAUGUACCGUGAAAAAGCGGCCUGCACUGGCAAAACUUCUGAAUUGCUAAGAAGCAUCUUCAGGACCUAUGAUCUCCUUGAAGACGUCAAUAUCUACAGCAGACGGACAGUUACUCUGCGGGCCCUUCCCAUCUUCCUGCGGGAAGAUGCUGCUGGAUUUUUUAAGACCUGGAAUGCAGAAGAAAUUGACCUCCCAGACAUCUCGGACGCAACUCUUGCUAUUCUCACUGUCUCAAGUGAUACGGACUCCCUUGUGACGUUUGCUCCUGCUAUUAAUUCUAUAGUUCUUGAGGGACAUAUUGUUGUGCGUGAUAUAGCGGAGUUGACAGAGGCAUUCAUUUUGCUGUUCGGUUUAAUUUAUGCACUUCACCUUGAUUAUCCAAAACAAUUGUCAUACACAUUCAGUUUCAUUCAGAGAAUUAUAAUGGGUUUGGAUGACCUGAAGGGGUUACCUCCAAGACUGCUUAGCCUUAAAAAUGAGUUGAUGAUGGAUGAGUAAGCCUAAGUCUGCUUUCCAAAUGUCAUUGUUGGUGCUGGCAGCAUGUUUACAAUCAAGCAAGCAAUGGAGUACCAUUUUUUUCCUGCUUUUUAUUAAUGCCGCCCUAUUAUUGUUGGCCUAUUAUUUAGUUUUUUGAGAAUUUUUACCUUUGUGGUUAUUUCUUUGAUUUUCUGUAUGACCCCUAUUGCUAGGGAGGGGUUUCUGUUAAAUAAAAUAAAUGAAAUCUGCAAUGAAAUUGUCUUUUGAAUAGUUUUUUAUUUGAACCUUACAAAUAAAUUAUUGUUGAUUUUGAGGAAAAUAGUACACAUAAACAAACAAUAAAAUGUGUUUCAAUAGAGUGAAGUCAACUUAAAAAUAUAAGAGGCUGAAUUGACAAUGUUUAGGUGUGAGACUGAACGAGUCAUGGU